CAAUAAGACUCCAAUUAUCACGUGACACGGGAAAGGGUAUGGUUGUCAUGGAAACGAACUCCUCAUCAAACAGUGUCCGGGUUUGCAACCGCAGCAGGCGACGGAGCUCGAGCAAUCGAGGAAAUAUUUGACGUAAUUUCAUCUGUGAUUGCCAUGCACGGUAACAGGGAUGAGAUGAUGCCGUUCCCACCACCCAUCAGCAGAGACAGAGUCAUCUGGGAAUUUCCAAAGAGCUACACACCUGAGGCCUCUCUACAGCUGAAGAAAGACUGGGACACUCAGGCUAAAGCAGCCUGUAAAGACAGAGCCACCAGGCAUCAGCCGUGGGACCGACAGAAAAUGUCAAAGGUGGUGGUUGUUGGAGACCUUAAUGUGGGGAAAACCUGCCUCAUCAAUAGGUUUUGUAAAGAUGUGUUUGAAAGAGACUACAAGGCCACCAUCGGUGUGGACUUUGAGAUCGAGAGGUUUGAGAUAUCUGGAGUACCUUUCUCCUUUCAGAUCUGGGAUACUGCUGGACAGGAAAAAUUCAAGUGCAUCGCUAAUGCAUACUACAGAGGCGCUCAGGUCAUUAUCACAGUCUUUGACAUGGCAGACAUUAAGUCCCUGGAUCAUACACGCCAAUGGUUGGAGGAAGCCAUGAGAGAAAAUGAGCCUGACUCCUGCUUGAUCUUCUUGGUUGGCACUAAGAGUGACCUGCUGCCCUUAGAAGAAAAACAGAGGACAGAAAAGGAUGCCAUCAGGAUAGCAACAGAAAUGCAUGCAGAGUUUUGGGCUGUUUCUGCUAAAACAGGGGAGAACGUGCAGGGAUUUUUCUUCAGGGUGGCGGCUUUGGCCUUUGAGAAGUGCAUACUGAAGGACAUGGAGAAUGGGGUCCCUGCUAGCAUCGGACGUGGAGACAGUAUCAAAUCAGAUCGUGCCAACCUGGAGGAGGCGGCACCCCAAGACACAAAGAGAAGCUGCUGCUGA